AGCCAACUCAAUCAAUCAAUCCACAAUCCAAUCCGUCAAUCAAUUCUGUCAAUUAAUCGAUCAAUCAAUCAACCAGUCAGUCCGUCUAGCAAUCCAAUGGAGAAACUCAUUCUCGGAGCUACCUCGUGCUUAUUCUUAGGAUUGAUUACUUGUGCUAUAAAUGACCCUCUCUCCUCGACACUCUCGACGAGGUGUCUGCAUUUUGCUCCUGUCUCCCUCCCCUUCUUCUUCAUCUUCUUCAUUGAUCUAGCGGGACAAAGAGUCCUCCAUACUAUAAUAGUCAUCGUCAUCCUGACUAGUCCAACUAGAGAUCAGUCCAUCAUCCCUCUCCCACACCCCCUUCUUUCUCAUCCCAAAAAUAAUACACUCCCCCGUUGUGGAUGGCAGGAUAUACUUAGGACGGACCGAAUUGACGCCUGAUUUACUGAAGCAAUUCAAAAGGAAACUUAAUUCCUGCCCAAAGACCCUCCCUCACUCUCACUGCUCUUGUGUUCUACAUUGAAAGAGGAGCCGGGGAUGCGCAGCCUUUCGGGUCAAGGCAUUCAUCGUCUUCUGAGCAGAAGAACG